AUGGCGGAAGCGGAUUUCAAUCGUUCGUCGGCGGUCUCGGAAAACACAACGCGUACCGACAGAGUGGACCCCCGGGGGAGAAUGCCUAUCGCCUCUUCGCCAGAGAACGACGUCGUCUCACGCAACGAAGCGGAUACGCGGUGUGAAAGACUGUCUUUUCGCCACACACGCUCCAAUAGCGACGCCGGCACACACUCGCACCGGUCGCCCACCGGUUCGGCCGAACAGCUCUCGACUCCGGAAACAAGCUUGUCUCUAAACGCACCAAACACGCCCGACGAAGAAGCUGGCUUGUCGGAACAUUUGCCCAAGUCGAGACAAUGUAACACGGGGAGCUCGGAGGACAAGGAAAACGCCGCCGUGUCCCCGACACCCCCCGCGGCUGAUAACGCUGCCGAAGAAGACGGCGACUGUCCGGAGGAUUUGCAGAUGCCCUCGUUAACUGCCGCCAAGCGUGGCAGGGCUGAGGUCAGUGACGAGGAGGUGAUCCGGUCUGCCCGGGAGGAGGGCCGCGUGGACGUGGUCUUCCCCGGCGCCGUCACUCAGGACGGCUGCUGCCGCUUCGUCAGCGAGAUCCUCAAGUGCGUCCUGUAUCAGAGACAACAGCUGCCCAUGACCUACGACCAACUGGUGCACUUCCAGAAGAAACAGCAGGCUUCACUUCAGGAUAAAGAGGUGGUAAGCUGGAGACCGGUGCAGUCAGUGGACAUGAACUGGCGGAAGUGUCAGCAGACCCUCCACGAGCUGGAGGAGGUGUUGCAGCAGCUGCAAGUGCUCUUCUCCCUCAGCCUGGUGCCCCGUGUACUAUUGUUGCUGGGCGGCUCCCUCAUCCUCCCCAAAGAGCUCUACGAGAUCAAUAUGGAAGCGCUUGUUUUAGCUGCCGGAGAUCAGAGUCUUCAGGUCUCGUCAUGCCUGAGGCAGCUCUUUCGUACCCUUUUUGUGGCCGAUCUUUUGUCUGAUGCCAGACCUGUGCGACUGAUGGCCACUACAGUCUUGGUUCUGGCUCACAGGGAUUGCGGUGUGGGAUGGUUCCGACCUAAAUUGGAUUUUAAAGUGCCAACCCGUGUUAAGAAUCAAAUUAUUGCCCUGUCGACUACUGCUGGUGUCUCAAGAGUUCCCCUGGAGGUGGCAGCAUCUGAGUGGCAGGAUUAUAUAUGGUAUCGGGCACCUUUGACCAUCAAGGGCUUUAGCAAGUGACAUCAAAAAAGGAGAAAUAUGUAAUUCAGAAAAUGGAGAAUCUGCCU